UGCGUGUGUGUCAGCUGUGUUCAGAGGGUUACCUGUGUCAGAUCUGUGUGUGCAUCAGCAGUGCUCAUAGGGGUUUGAGCUGACAGAUGUGUGCGAGUGUGCGUUUGUGUCAAAAGCAGAUGUGCGCAGUGAGGGUAGGUCAGAGAGGUGUGUGUGUAAGGAGGCAUCAGUGCCAGGUACAGGAGAGAGAAGUGUGUGUGUGGGGGGGUGAGUGUGACAGAGCCAGCAGAAAAAGUGCCCUGUCUCUUUAAAGGCCCAGACACAGCCCCAUCUGAUGCGGCGGCUCCAAUCAGCAGCCCCUGGGCUCUGGCAGCAGCAGGAGGCUCUGCUCUGCAUUCCUCCCUCUUCCUAAAGGGCUAACAUGGCGAUGGCAGGAUGAGGAUGAGGUGAAGAAGCAGGGGGAUGUGAGAGCUGCAGCUGCACAGACACAAGCGGGGCAGAGAGCACAGCAGGGGGGAUUGCAGCAGAGGAAAGGAGAAGGGGGAAAAAAUUAGAAACACCCAACCCAACAUUUUCAUGGAGAGCAAAAAUCCCAUGCAAGCUGGGGAGGACCAGGACUCCUUUGAGCUGAGACCCUUGCAUCAAAAUGGUGUGUGGGUUUGGCAGGCAGAAUGCAGCACCUUUUGAGAGACCGCUGCGGGAACUUGUGCUGCGCCCUGUUCUCUGUCCAAGAACAUAGAGGAAGCUUGGCCAGCUGCUCUUCAAGUGAGCACCAAAACCCCCACCGACUUCAAUAAAUCCAUUCUGGGGCUGAACUAGGAGCCCUGAGUGAAAAUGUUCCCAGGCAGGUGGCUAAAGAAACCAGACUUGACUCACGAGGCUGAGCAACAUCUGCUGUAUUUUUCGUUAUUUUCCAUUAGCUUGAGAAGCCGCUAUUGAUUUGUUCCGAUGGUUUGCUGACCCUGCUGGGCAGAGGUGCGGAGGAUGAGAAGAUAAGUUAUCCCAGUUGCUUAACAACACAGAUUUCAUUCAGGAAAACUGUCCUGCUUACAGCUUUUUUUUCUUUUGAGUCUUCAUUUAAUGGAUGCAAAAAAGACCAAACUUCUGGUUCUGAACUCUUCGCCAUGCCAGGGGCCCUCUCAUUCUGAAAGCUGAUAGUUGAAAAGACAACUGACUACCCUUCCGCUGAAUACUCUCUGGUGGAGGAUGUAGCCCUCCACUUCACGUGUUUGAUGGACAGACUGAAUGAGCAGCGCCUGUUUCAGCCGGACCUGUGCGAUGUGGACAUUGUCCUAGUUCAGCAGAAGAGCAUCUUCCCCGCCCACAAGGGGGUCCUUGCCGCGUACAGCCAGUUCUUCCACUCUCUCUUCACUCAGAACAAGCAGCUGCAGCGGGUAGAGCUCUCCUUGGAGGCUUUGACUUCCCAAGGCCUCCAGCAGAUCCUCAACUUCAUCUACACCUCCAAGCUGCUGGUGAACUCCUGCAAUGUGCAGGAUGUCCUGAACGCCGCGGCCGUGCUGCAGAUGAGCAACAUCGCCUCCUCCUGCCAGGAGCUCAUCAACACCAGAUCCCUCAGCCUGGCCAUGGCCAGCGACAUGGCCCUGCCCCCCGACGCCUGUGGCAAUGCUAUCCCCCCACAGUACUACUGUGAGAUUAAGCAAGAGGUGGACUCUCUGCACCCCAAGAUCUAUGCCCGGGAAGGAAACGAUCCCUACUCGGUGCGAGUAGAGGACAGGGUGGGUGGAGGUGGCAACCAGCACCUCCCGGCUGUGCCUGCCAAGCAGUAUUACAAGGAGGAGAAGGACAGUGGCCUGGCCACCAUGUGUAAGAUGGAGGGCGGGGAGUCUGAGGAGGAUCUGGACAGCCAGGGCUCUUACAACCGGGAGCAGAUCAUUGUGGAGGUGAACCUCAACAACCAAACCCUCAAUGUUUCCAAGGGGAUGGAAGGGAAGCCCACCACCAACGAAGCUGCCGCCGUGAUUAGCCAACCAGACGGGGAUGGACAUGACACCGAGGAGGAAGGGGAGGAGGAAAAUGAGGAAGCGGGGGAGGAGGAGGAGGAGGACGCUGAGGUGGGGGAGGAGGACGAGGAGGAGCACAGCGAAGAGGAAGACCUGGAGGAGACCACAGAGGAGGAGGAGGAAGAGGAGGACGAUGAAGAGGCGUCCGAAGUGAAAAGGGAAAAAUCUGGGCAGCCCCGCAGGGGGAGCAGGUCAUCCAAGGCCACCAAGUCCACCAUGUCCACCAGGUCCCAGGAUCUGGCCAAGGCGGUGGACGAAGAGGAGGGCCAGCGUGGGAGGAAGAGGAAAAAGGAGCAGGAUGGGCUGGGCCCGAAAGUCAAGCUGGAGGAAAAGCAGCACUACCCCUGCAAGAAGUGCCCCCGCGUCUUCAACAACCGCUGGUACUUGGAGAAGCACAUGAACGUCACCCACAGCCGCAUGCAGAUCUGCGACAAGUGUGGCAAGCGCUUCCUGCUGGAGAGCGAGCUCCUACUGCACCAUCAGACGGACUGCGAGAAGAACAUUCAGUGUGUGACGUGUGGGAAAGCAUUUAAGAAACUUUGGUCUCUGCAUGAACACAAUAAAAUUGUCCAUGGCUACGCAGAGAAGAAGUUCUCCUGUGAAAUCUGUGAGAAGAAAUUCUACACCAUGGCACAUGUGCGGAAACACAUGGUUGCUCACACCAAGGAUAUGCCGUUCACAUGUGAGACUUGUGGGAAGUCGUUCAAACGCAGCAUGUCCCUGAAAGUCCAUUCUCUUCAGCACUCCGGGGAAAAGCCUUUUAAAUGUGAGAACUGCAACGAGCGGUUCCAGUACAAGUACCAGCUUCGCUCUCAUAUGAGCAUCCACAUUGGACACAAACAGUUCAUGUGCCAGUGGUGCGGAAAGGACUUCAACAUGAAACAGUAUUUCGAUGAGCACAUGAAAACACACACGGGUGAGAAGCCCUACAUCUGCGAGAUCUGCGGCAAGAGCUUCACCAGCCGCCCCAACAUGAAGCGCCACCGCCGGACCCACACGGGAGAAAAGCCCUACCCCUGCGACGUGUGCGGCCAGCGUUUCCGCUUCUCCAACAUGCUCAAGGCCCACAAGGAGAAGUGCUUCCGGGUCAGCAACCCCCUGGCUUCGGACACCACCAACCCCGCCAACAAUGGUGGCGGCCUCUCUGUUCCCCAGGGUGCCCCUUCGCCUCACUCACUCACUUUGCCGCUGCUCCACCCCGUGCCCCCUCCUCCGCACCUACCGCCACCGCCUCCCCUGUUCCCAGCCGGGCGGGUCAAUUCGAACAACUAGGCCGGCGUGCGCACGGACUGCUCUGCCGCGCAGGGAGUGCCCAGCGGGCUGCUCGUCCGCGUGACGCGGGGAGAAGGAGGGAGGCCGUUCAUUCUCUCUCUUUCAAUUUUUUACCCCCCUUGGUUUUAUGACGAGCCUGUCAGCCUUCCGUCGAAAGGACAGGUGCUCUGGGCCACAGCAAGCUCCCCUGCAGCUUGGCGUGCCGGCGUUCAAUCAGGGUGUAGACAAACGGCUCGCUCUUCCCUCCUCCUUCCAUGGCUUUCGUGUUUCCCAAGCCCUGGUCAGAGUCCUCCUCCCGCCUCACCAGGCAUUGUUGCUGAGCUGGUUUACCUCUGCUGCCUAGUGCACUGUUGUAUCAGGGCAACGCUUGCCACAAUGUCUUCCCGCUUGCACGUGUUCCUCCAUGUUCCCUGAGAUUACGUUAGACUAACAGUGCACAGCUCAUGCUCAGCCCCAUAGAGCCAUUUCCACUAGUUCCUCACGGCAGCAGUAAGGGUUUUUUCAGGGCCGCCGGGGGAGUGGGGCGGCAGCAAGUGGGGCAAUAUGCCCCGGGCCCCACAGGGGCCCCACAAGCCCUGGUCCAGCGGCAGUCCAGGUCUUCGGCAGCGGGGGGCCCUUCAGCACUGCCAAAGACGUGAAGCGACUGAAGGGCCCUCCGCCGCUGAAAUGCCCCUCGAGCCCUGGUCCGAUGGUGGUCCGGGUCUUCGGUGGCAUUUCGGCAGCCAGGGGCCCUUCAAUUGCUCCGGGUCUUCGGCGGCAUUUUGGCAGCAGGGGGCCCUUCAGUGCUGCUGAAGACGUGGAGCGACUGGAGGGCCCCCGCCGCCGAAAUGCCGCCAAAGACCUGGACCGCCACCGUUAAGAGUACAGGUGCUGCAGCUCCCCUGCUUUGCCCCUGACCCCCUGAAUCCUCUGGGCGGCCCUGGGUUUUUUUUAGGUGUUUUGUCUCGUGAGGCAGCACUUUUAGCUUUGCAUGUGGCUAUUAGUCAGGAACUUGUCCGCGAAGCAUCCUGUGUGAAAUGUUUUAUCAGGGUUGCGUCCCUCUUUAGUACACCACUGAAACCACCUGAAAAGACUACAAGUCCCAGCAUGCAGUGCCAUUCCAAAUGGCUUUUUCCUAGGCGAAGGAAGGAACAUAGCAUGCUGGGAGCUGUAGUUUUUGCAGGCUGUGGUAAAGAUAAAGGUUGCCACAUUGCACACUUUGGGUAUGUCUGUGCUGCUGUCAGAGGUGCCACUGCGGCACCUGUAGACGUACCUGAGCUAGCUUUUAUCUAGCUAUCUUGAAGAAUAAUUGCACUGAAUCUGCAGCAGCAUGGGCCAUGCAAGCCCAUCCAGGGUCCUGGCUACGUACUCGAACAGCUAGUCUGUAGUGCCGUAGCAUCACUGCUGUUGUUAUUUGAGCUAGCUCGGUCAAAGCUAGCCUUUGGUAUGUCUGCAUGUGCUGCCAUCACACUCCUCUGAUUGCAGCUUAGACCAACCGUUUGGUAACCCUGCUCUAGUCACCAUAAUGGGUGUUUCAGCCCAAAUCAUCAUUCUCUGGGAAAACUGCACAAGACAUGGGCACACAGAGAUGCAAAAAUGCACAGGAGCUAGAAUCCCUGUGAGAUUGGCUCGGAGGCUAUUUCACACAGUGAGUCAGACGCAGGAAUAGUCACAAGGAAAGGCAGAGAUGCUGUUAUUCUGUCCAUAGUGGAGGGGGGUUUCUAAGUGGCACAGGCUACGAAAACAAAAGAUGGUAAUAUUUCAUGGCAGCUGCACGGAUUAGAGAUAGUGGCUGUUACAUGUAAUCUAGCAUAUUUUUUCUUGAGCCCGUCCGUACUGUAGGAGAGAGCUUUUAAUGAGUUCGCCACUUCGUUACAAGAAUCUCCUGGUCAUGGCUGAAAUCCAAGCCAGGUUAGGGAGGAUGAGACGUUACCACUAUCUGGUAUCUUCAGUGGCCCACACGACACAGAAUCAUAGAAUAUCAGGGUUGGAAGGGACCUCAGGAGGUCAUCAAGUCCAACCCCCUGCUCAAAGUAGGACCAAUUCCCAACUAAGUUAUGAGUUAGGGGGCUGUGUAUUAGUGGACAGGGGCCCACAUCUCAAAACCCACCAUCACAGCCUGCUCUUGUUAGCAGCCCUUGUUAUGUCUUCCUUUCCAACCGGGAUUCCACCCCCCCAUCCCCCACUUCCUCUGCAAUUUGUUAGACUAGAGCCCCAACCCAGGCAGCUGGGUUUAAUGAAAGGAUUCACUAGCUGGAUAUGAUUUUUCCCCCAAGGAGGUUAAGACCCAUGAUAAUCCCAGCUCCGAUGCUAGAAAUGAGCCCCGCGUUGCUAGGAAGUGGUCUGGAGCUGUGUGUGGGCUCUGGUGGUGGAGCUGGAGCAUUCCCGUGGUGAUCUCUCCGUUGGUCUUUAGACUUAAAAGCAGGCUGGAAAGUCGUUCCUCUCCAGCCUGAAUGGCGCAGCAGGAUCUAGUCCUCAGCUGGACUUCCCUGGAAGUUACUCUUCAUAAUAGUGCCUUACCGUUAUUGAAAGUAAGCUCCCCGGUGUGUGCUCGGGAGUCUGCUUAGCCUGAAGUCUGCACACCAGAUCUGAUAACCUGCCCGUAGUACCAAGGAAGGGCGGUGAUUCGUCUCCUUUUCCUUCGUUCAUGUCUCAUGCCCCCCAGCCCCAGUACUUUACUCUUCUUUAGGAGUCCAGUUUUGCCUUCAGUUAUGGCACAGUAAGCUUUUGUACAGAGGAAGUGCAUUUGAGGGCGUUAGUAUGGAGUUGGCUACUAGAAUUCAGUGGCCCUCUAGCCAGAGGCUGCCUAUUGGUGAUGGGGCCUGGCAAGAAGGACAAGCACCUUAUAAAAUGUUGCAAGCCCAUGUGAGCUUCAGGUCCGGCAAAUUUAACUCCCUCGCCUGGCUCCAUGGUACUGCUUGAUUGAUGCGGGUUGUGCCACGUUACUUAGUGUGCCAUUUCAGACUAGGGAAGCCUUUUUGCAUUGGCCUCUAGGGGGGGAUAGCUCAGGUUACUGAAGUGCAGCAGAACAGUACCCAUCCCGGCCUCUGCUGGCUCUGUCUGAAGCUGCAUCACAUAGGUGGGCUUUUCUGUCUCUUACACGGACAGCUCUCAUCUUGCAUUUCACUUAUUAAGGAUCGUUUCACACUCAUGGAGUACAGCUUAUAACCCUGAUGUCAUGUGGCUGGCAUGUGCCAUGGUCAGGGAAUGGCAGAUCAUUUAGGCCCUGUGUAGAAUGGCUUUUUUGUUACCUCCCAUAGCCUAAAAUGGGGCUUGCACUUGUGUGACUUUCCCCAGGAUAAGCCCCGUUUUGCAGCAGUAUGGUGCCUGUACUUUCCAAGGCUGCAACAGUGUAACCACACUGAUGUAAUUACCCUAGUCUAGAGGCUUUCCCUAGUCCAAAUAAGCCCUCAACGCUACAUCCUGCAAGACUCUAAGCACCUCCCAGGAGGCACCUUCAACUCCCAUUGGUGUGUGUUGAGGGGUGUUUUGCACUGCUCUAAGAGCUGCUCAACACCUUGCAGAGUGGCAGAAGGCAGUGCUGGCUGUGGUCAUUUUAUUGCCCCUCAUGUAUCUCCAGGUCCCAAUGUGUGUGGAGCAGGGUCUAGGAGAAAAGGCUAUACUGAAAUAUAUUGGCCAGAUUCAUAGUUGGCAAUGCGAGCACUGCCAUGGGGAUAUGAAAAAGAGAAGAAGGAGAGAGAAGACACACGUAGUCAGCUGAAGAAGCCCUUUCUCAUUAGCAAUUUGUUCUGUUGGCUUUAUAGCUUCGGUCGAGACACCUACAUGCGUGGAGAUUCUGAGCCACGGCUGGCUAAGGCAGAAGCUGCAACGGCGUGCCUUAAUAGCCCCAACUUAUCAAAGCAUUUAACACAUGCAGGCAGCCAUCUUUAUUCAAUGGCCAUGUGUUUAAGCCUCAUUGAAGUCAACGGGAUUUAACCGUGUGCUUAAAGUUAAGCGUGAGCUUAAGUGCAUUGCUGACUAGGGCUAGACUGCUGACUUGUGACUUUAAAUGACUGAUCCACUUCACUCCUGCUUGGCGCACCAACUGCACCUCCAGCGCUGCCCCCCACAUCUGGCACCUCCUCGUUAGUGCACCAGCUGGCAUUGAAAGGCACAUCACUUUUCACAUCCAUUGGCCCCUUCUGUCAGCUGUGUCAGCCGCAGCUAACUGAAGUCAGUUAACGUCUUGUAUUGCAGGUUCUAUGCUGGCAAACAAUCUGGUUUUGCUUCAUGUAAAGUGAGGCGGCUGCUGAAUGGGUGCCAGUAUGGCUGUGAGCACCUCAGAUCAGGGGCAGAUAUCCCAUGGGACAGGGUGUCCUACUCAGCUGCUGCCACAGGUUCAGCAUCCUGGGUUUUGUUAGGACUGUCCAACAUCUUUUAGAUACCACAUGUGUCUGCACGGAGACCUGAUGGCUCAAGAACUUGGCAAUGAGCUAGAGACCCUCAGGCAUUUAGGUCACUGGAGUGAACCCAACCCAAGUUGGUCAUGACUGGAAGGUCUUAUCCUCUGAGGAUGACUGGCUGAAGGCCUAUGCUAUGAGGGAUUUGAUGGUCUCAUCCCAGUGGCUCAGAGUUCAUGUCAUUAAAAGCCACCUCCAUCGUUGUCCCUCUUGCCUAGCCCUUGCAGCAGUCUCAACAGAGGUCACGGAAAGAAAGGGCUGUGCGCACUUAUUUCCCCUGCCACUCCUACUCUUCCACGUCAGGGUUGAGGCAGGUGAGCAUGGCCAGAAAAUGUCAGCCUUCAGGGCUGCGAAACUGGUUCCUUUCCCCAGCACUGAAUCUACUCCCACAAACACACACUGUCCAAAAAGGAAAGGCAUUGAUUUCCUAGAAUCCAAUCGGAAUCGCUCACUUCUCCCCCAGCCUGCUGCAGUUUCUCAGUGUGCCUGUCUCAGAGGCCUGUUCUUCCUCACAGACUGGGGUAAAUCCAGUGGGAUGCCAUCUGUGUACGCAAAACGUGCAUUGCAUACACAACCGGCUGGGCAUGCCCCCGGAGGACCCCAUUCUGUAGAACAAAAUGGCAUCCUCUGUCCAGCGUGCCCUCGCAUGCGCUGCACAUGCAAGGUCACGGCUCAUGGAGGACACUAUUUUGGAUUGCCUAAGAUGUGCAGGUGAGUUGUUGCGUGUCUUACUAAAGCUGCCACAGCAUGCCACAAGAGGACCUGGCCGUGACCCCACUGAAGCCAGCGUUAAACAGGUGUAAGCGGGAGGAGAAUCCAGCCACUUGGUGCUACGGGCAGACACUGGUGCAUAAAGAAUCCAUCCAUGCCUGUUUGCCCAUUUGGGUUUAUUUUAAAAUGUUGCCCAGAGAGCAGCCUGGAGACAGCAGAGCAGGGCAUGCACACGAACACUUGAGGAGCCAGAUCCCUGGGUCUCCAAGGCCAGGAUGGAGAGAUGCCUCCAGGACUCCUGUGCUAUCUCUGAAUCCUUUUGUCUACACCCUUACUGAGUCUAAAUGUGUCAAUUUGGGUAUUUUUGUGACCAUACCAAGAGCUGAAGCAAAUGGUUCCAGAAGUGUUUUGGCCCAUGUUCGUCUCUGGUAGAACUCCUAGAAAGCCUCUUGAGUUCGACCAGGGGAGAAAUUCGGCCUGUUGUUUUCAAUAUUUUUAUUAUUUGAAUUCUUGCACCUUAACCCCUCGCAUCCUUCUUUCAAUGCGCUAUGAGUCUAAGAGGGGCUUUAUUUCCACUAGCAAUUAAUGAACGUUCAGCAAACAAGUCUGCGCACACACACACACACCUGCCCACUCCCCCAGCCUCAUUUUCUUGGGUUGAACCUGCAGGGAGGGGGCGAUGGUGGGGAUUAUCUUUGUUUUCAAUUUCCCAGGAACCUGGUAGCCCAGACCAGUUUGCCUCAUGUAUUGUUCAUAAAGCAGGACUGGCCCCCUGGCCAACAGCCAUAACGAGAACGCAGCCAGAGGGGUGAUGGACUGAGAUGGCUGUGACGCAGUGCAAUAGCAAAUUGACAUCAGCUGCUGGACAACCUUGAUUUUUAACUCUGCAGACAGACACCUUUGGUCCACAUGGAUGGAAGCAGCUUUCCACCACAGCCCUGCCUAGAGACACAUCAUCCAUGAAGGGAAGGGGUGGGUAGAACCUAAUAAAAGAACAACCUCAGUAGCAUGGAACUUGAAGGAAACAAACGGACAGAAAAAGAAAACAAGCACUUCACUUGCCUCAGACUAGUUUCUAAUGCCUGAUGUUUGGCUGUGUAUUAUUUUAUGGCAUUCAGUAUCUGUUGCCCAAACAUGCCAAGUAAAGAGUGUAUCGGUGGCUCUACUAGUUGUGAACAAAAUAAAUGAAGCACUUUAUUCUGUGUAGAUACGGGGAAGGGGAUCAGAGGAGUUUGGAUGCUUUCCAAAAGCAUCUUAAGUAAUGUUCUAGGAAAUGUAUUAUUACUACUUUUUUUUAAUUACCAUGUGUAAUCAAUAUAUGUUUAUCUUUAACUCCAA